AUGGCGAAAAGUUUCAACAUAUAUGUUGGAAAGGUUGCCAGAACCCCCAGAACAACGUAUUACCCGAAGCAAAAUUUAUUAUGUGAAGGUGAUUUACUUUGUCAUAAAUGUUAUAUGCAAUAUAUAAGUAAUCCGGUAGAAAAAGCAAAACAACAAUUAAAACAAAAGCGACAUGCUAAACCACCAUCUAAUGCAACCGAACAUUCGUCACGGAGGGUAUUGACAUCAGUUCAACCUCAACCUCGCGCUUUAAGAAGCACUCAUAUUGCUAUACCUACAAAUAUUUAUGAACAACAACAAGUUGAAUUGGCUUCUUUACAUGAUGUUGUUAAAAAACAACAAUCCGAAUUGGAUUCUUUACGCGAGCAAGUUUUAAAUACACAAGAGCAAUUAGCAAACGAGAUGCAGAAAUGCUCUGAUAUCUCCAAAGGUUCGUUAUUUUACAAAUAA